AUGGCUGGCUCAAAUACGGAUGCAAGUCUAAGUCAUUCGAAGACAAAUCCAAACCGAGCAUCAGGACGAAGCAGCUUUUAUUCCCUCAACAACGAUACCGAGGAGGACACGUCGUAUAACAAUCGCUCAGACUACGACGACGAGAAGCACCUACAUCAUGUACGCAAAGCAUACACAGAUUCAUCAGACAGCUGCUACAAAUCAAUAUCUCACGAAGACCAUGUUCACCACAAGUUCUACAAACCUACAGCUAACAGGUCUUGGGUAUUGUGCACCUUUCUGCUUGUGAUCGGAGCUUGUAUCUUACUCCUUGAGCUUGCCCUCCGAACACAUCCUAACGUACAUGAUGUGCCAAAGCUGCAACAGAGACACCUGUUGCUGGAGAAGAGAGAGACCGUCUGGUCGUCGCACAAAGGAUUGGCUGACAUAGAUCAUUUGGUACAACGACAAGAUGAGGUCUCGGCGCAAUCGACUGCUCAAACAACACCGCAAUCGAUACCAUCGACCUCUCGAGAUACACCGGCGGAAACAAUACCCACAACUGGGGUAACUACAACAGCAAUUACCACAACAGUAUCUGUUGGGCCCGACUCGCCUGAUUUCGGAAACGUGUUGACUAUCACCUCUGAUCCCCCUACCAUAGCGCCAAAUCCCACCAACCAGAUUUCUAUCACGACCUCGAACGAAAGAUACAAGGAGGUAACCACUACCACGACGCAGAUCCUUUACACACCCGCACCAAGUGGCUACCUCACAAUCAGCUCGAGCCAGUCAAUCCGUACCACCACAACACCCUUAUCAGGGUCACCAGCUCCAGAAUCUCAGAUCACGAUAACCACCUCGAACCAGUUAAGCCGUACUUCCUCAACGGUCCUGUUAGGAUCGCCAGCGCCCAAUUCUCAAGUAACACUGACGAAGCCGACAUCUCCUGUGACUGCUGCGCCUGAAUCACAAGUCAAGACAACCUCCACGAGCCAGGACAACGAGGCUGUCGCAACCACCUCAAACAAGGAUAUCAGUGUCCAAGCUUCCAUCAUUUCUGGGUCAAUUAUCGCCUCCGGCACAUCCGUAAUCGGAACGCUCUCUCAGGCACAAAGCGCACAGCCUGUUGUGGUGAGCACUUUGAGGGACAGUAACGGACACGCCACUGCCACCGUUACGACUACAGGCGCCGUUCCCACUGGUAGCGCCUUGGGUAUCAACAGCCUGGCUCGUGGCCCAACGGUUUUGACAGACGCUAAUGGCCAAGCCACUGCGACUAUCUUCACUGUCGACUCUACAGCUGGCAUAAUUACCUUGACAGGCAGUGAUGGCAAACCAAGCGCCACCGUAACGUUCACCGGAGAAGUGACACUCACCGAUAGCAGUGGCAAACCAACCGCGACAGUAUCGUAUGGCGACAAUAGUGCCUCGCUGGCUAAACAAGAAGCAACGAGUAACGAACCUUUUACCCAAUUUCAUUACUUUCUGGCUAUGUACCUGCCGAACAUUAUUUCUGUUGUCUUGCAGUCGUCAUGGCUCGUUGUUUUUGCAACUUUCAAGAUGAUGGAGCCUUUCUAUCAACUAGCACAACAUGGAGGAGCUUCUGCGAAAACAACUCUCACGGCGGAUUACCUCUCUUCGGGGCUGUCCCUCUCAUUCUUCAAGGUCGUAUCCGAAAACACUUGGGUUAUGACCCUAGCAGGCCUUAUACAACUCGCUCUUGCUGUCGUUGUGAUGCUGGACUCUGGAAUGUUCAAUGUUGUCCCGACAGCCUUUUGUAAGACUGAAGUCUCGGACCGCCAACCUUGCAGCCCGGUCUGGGUGAUCCACCUUCCGAUGGUACGCACUGUGGAGGUCCUCCUUAUUGGCUGUUUCAGCAUAAUAGUUUCAGUCGUUGUUCUCAAUCGACGCAGACAUACUGGCGUCUACACCGAUCCUUCCAAGAUAGCCACCAUGGCUGAUUUGCUCGUGCACAGGCCAUUGAUCCAGGAAAUACGUGAUCUUCCAGCUUCUGCCAAACAGAACGAGAUAGCCCUCGACCUGCAAGAGAGUCGGUACGCACUCGGGACCUUUGUCCAGGAUGGUCGAGAGCAAUAUGGCAUCGUUAAAGUCGACUCAUCAACGGGCUCAUAUUUCAUCUCACCAGACCCCUGGUACGUAGCAGGGCCACGCAGAUUCGGUCUCUGGUGGGACAACCUGACGACGCACAUCGGCACAUUGCUUCCUUUCUUCGAAGACUUUGUCUGCAUGUCUAUUGUCAUCGUCCUCUUCGCCAUGAUCUUGGCCUACAGACUGCUCGGUGGAAAAAACUUUUUCAAUUCAUGGAUGAACAGUGGCAGAGUUGGUCCUAGAAUUGUGUUGAGUGCCCUGGCUUGUUGUGUCAGUUUUCUCAUCAAGCACAAAGAACGCAAUCUCAGACUCUCCCAUCCAUACAUCAUGAUGGCCAAGCGCUCUCAACCAGCAGCUGAAUGCAUCACAGCGGGCACACAAGCUACGGCGUUUACAUCUCUUUUCAAGUCAAUGCGAAAUUUGGAUGUUUCAUUAGCAUUGAUGGCAAUAUCGGUCAUCUUUUCAGACAUCGUCUUGAUCUUAAUACCUGGUAUACCGCAAACUCCGGCACAAACGGAACCAGUAUACCUUUCUAGCACCUAUGCCUGUUUAGGAAUGCUAGCUAUCGUGUUCAUGGUGCACGUCCGAGUCACCUUCAAGGAGUGGAGCAGAGGUCACAACAUCGAGUGUCCAGAUACUCUAGCGGCAGUCCUUAUGCGACUGUGUGCCAGUCAGUUUGUUGAGGAGAAAAACUCACUGGAAGUAAGGGGCCUGUUACCCGACUUUGGUCAGGAUGAUGAUGCCAAGCAGCACUCUCGUUACGACGGGGCGAACGGAAAGCGAAGAUACAGGUUUGGAGCUAUGGAAGGCGUGGACGGUGUACAAAGGUACAUGGUAGAUGAAGACGUGUGGGAGAGAAGGAUAGUGAAGGACGGUACAUAUUCCUAA